CGCACAGCCUCAGUUGACGUCGUUGCGUGUUGGCUGCCAGCGUAAAAGACACAACCUUCACGUCCGUUGCGAAGAAAGUCAAUAAAAAACGAAAUUAACAUAACUUGUGUCCAAAUUAAAUAUGUGAAAAACGCAAAACGGAGUGAAUCAAAAUUACACUCAGCUAAUGCUGAAAGCCAUGUGAAUUGUCGCUUGAAGGUGACGAAUGGAAGUAUUGAUGAAUGUCAAGUGAAGAAAAUCCAAUCAAUACAAAUUCAGUGUCAAGCUUGUUAAAAGCCAACAAGGCCUGUGUCGCCCACAACACACGGCUAAAAGGAAAAACGGAGACGGCAACGACAAAACGGCAAACGGCAAAACGGGCAGAAAAGCGAAAGAAAAAAUAAAACGGCCAAAAUAGACGCAUUCUGUGUGUGCGUGAGUGUGUUAGUGUGUGUGUGUUGUGGCAUGCUCGAGUUUAAAUUUGCAUUAGGUGUUGGUUUUGGUUUUGGCCCACUUUAGCUGCCAAAUCGAUUUCUACUUAAAUAUUAUGAAACACCUGCGCGACAACCACUGUGACCUCUGAAGCUGCCCUCAGGACAGUGUUAACGUUAACGGCAUUUUGCACUACCAGUGUUAAUCAAUAGAACCAGCUGCAGCCGAGCAUAAGUGACAAUGACGUUAUAAUCAGGCAUUCGCUAUGAGGUUGAGACGCUGCAGAACUUAGCGCAUCUAUGCCGAAUCGGCCCUAAAACCAUUCACAAUUUCAAGCCAUAUCGUAUUGGAGUACCAGAGAGAAGAGGUAGAAGAGGAGGAGCGAAGCUUUAAAGCAAAAUGUGGACUAGAGAAAACGCAGCCAGCAAGUGGCUGCUGGCCUUGGCAGUUAUUUUGGCAUUGGCAAAAUUCGGUACGGCUGAUAAUUGUUUUCCAACCAUCUUUGGAUUUCUAACAUUCGUAUGGAUUCCAUCUGCCUCAGCCGAAUGUCAAACGCGUUCGAUUUACUGUUACGAGUGUGAUUCCUGGACGGAUGCACGCUGCAAGGAUCCCUUCAACUACACCGCCCUGCCCCGCGAUCAGCCGCCUUUGAUGACCUGCAACGGCUGCUGUGUGAAAAUGGUGCGGCAUCAGAGAUCACCGUACGAGGUGGUGCGACGCAUGUGUACGUCACAGUUACAAAUCAAUUUAUUCAUGGUCGAUCACGUGUGCAUGAUGGAAAGUUCAGGCAAUGGACAUAUGUGCUUUUGUGAGGAAGAUAUGUGCAAUUCUAGUCAAAGUUUCAAGUCAUUCGCAAGCCACGGUUACCAGCAUUACCUCAUGAUCAUCACAGUGCCAUGGCUAAUACAUCGACUCGUAGUACAGUUUGUGCACAGUUAGACAGAAUACAGAACAUGACAAAAGAAAACCAACAAAAAAAAAAGAAAAAGAAAAGACUACUUAAUCCGACAGAACACAACAAGAGACAAAUUCAUGAACAGAACAAAUGUUGAAACAGAAAGAAUGAAAGAAAGAAGCGUUGAAAAGAACAUAGAGUUACCACACACCUUACACACACAUAUAUGACAUCACACACACUCUUACACCUACACACACACAUCUAUCUAUAGAUCAUAACAUCUACUCGUAACUUUCAACUUGAUUUGUAGCCAACUUCUGAUUAUUUAAGUUUCGUUCUGCAAGCACAGUUCUCUAAUCGAAUCUUCAACGAGUAGAUCCGCACAUAUUGAAAAUGAUAUAUAUAUCUACAUAUAUUCAGUAUAAAAUAAUAACAAUAAUGAGACGAUGACGAUGCAUACGAAACUUCUACAGAAUGAAGAAACUGCAUAAAACACAGAGUCUUCUUGCUCUUCUUCCUGCUACUCUGUUUAGUUAAACAACAAAAAAUACAAUAUAUAAUACUAUAUAUAUAUAGUAUAUAAUGAAAUAUCCAAAGAUUUGAGAAGUACUCGUAUGCGCGCUUGUUGCACUUGCCACAUAGAACAUAACUCGUAAUACUUGGAAUGUUUGCUACACACACACACACACGUAACGUUGAGAUCGAAUACGAUUUGGAAAUUUGCAAUUUGAAAUUUUGACAUUUGACAUUUUGAAAUUGAAUUGAAUUGAAUUUGAAAUGCAUGUUGUUAAUGCUAUAGCAUGUAGCGCUUAAGUAGGUACUCGUAUCUUGUAGUUACAUUUCAUUAACUUUUGUUACUUACAUUUAUAGAAAGCCCAACAAAAACCAAUAUGAAAAUCAGUUAUACAUUAUUAUCAACAAAAAAUAACCGAAAUAAUGAACCUACUCUAUAAGUAAGCUUCUAGGAUAUUUACUUUAACUAAGCAAAUGUAUAAAUUUGUUUUGUAUAUAUGUUAUACAUACUAUAUAUUUACUUAUAUAUACUGUAUCUGUAGUAUAUCUGUGUGUCCACCCACAUCGGGAAUCGAUUCGAAAGCGGAAAACGAAUGGAAAGGAAUCUAAGUAUUGUGCAAUGUCAAUUGCCGCAUUAACUCAAAUGAAAUUUGCUCAUCCAAGUUUAUUCCAAAGUCACAGAACUUCACAGAAUACGAACAAUUAAAACAAAACUCUAAACACACAAAUAACUAAAAACAGACACAUCAAAUGUUACUCCAACUCGUACUUCUUAAUACUCCUUAUAAUUACUUAUUAUUAUUAUUAUUAUUAUUAUCGAUACUUAUCUCUAGUCUCUAGUUUAAGCUAAGCUCUUUGUCCAAUCAUAUCAUCAACGAGUACUUCAAACUCCAGGAGUUACCAAGCUACGAGUUAAACACAUCAAAUUUUAAUAAUAAUUUCCAUGUCCAACUAGUGUAUAAAGUAUGCUUUCGGUUCAUCCAAAUUCACAAUCCCUUGAUUUUGCCCCACAACAAGUGAUAAUUAGCCAGUAAGCAGUCCAUAACAAAGAAAACUACCCCAUUUGCAUAGGCUCUCGGAGACCCUUUUUUGCGUCCGAUUAAAGCACUAUCGAUAACAUUCAAUUGUCACGAGUAGCGCUGUGUACCGGGUAUCUUGAGGUCGGGCAGCUCGAUCAUAAUGAUGGUCCUCAUGUUUGUUAUUCAUGCUAGUGAUAGUCUUAAAAAUCAAUUCAUCAAUUUGUACUUAAACAUACGAUUAUAAUGUAGCUUUUGAUUUGAUUUUUAAUCAUUCGAUUAUUCGAUUACUCUUAAAUUGUAUUUUAGGCAUAUUAUAUACAAUUUUGAUUUAUGUAAUUGAACAAAAAAAAAAAAAACAAAUUGGCUAAUUGGCAGAAAUAAACAUUUUUUACUACAAUACUACUAAAUACAUUGUAAUACUAUCUCAUCUCGACAUUUGUAUUUGUACUUGCUUUGUAUACUUUGUAUUUUCUCAACUUUCACUCACUUUUCUCCUCUCUCUCUCUCUGUUUCGCUCUCCACUUGCACUAUCCAUCUGUAAUAUAGUUCUAAUUAUCAACUUAGUAUCGGCUUUUAGUUACUAACUAUUUGCUCAACUAAUUAAUUACUCUUGUAUAAAUAACAACAACAAUAACAACAACAAUAUAACAAUCAGCAACCCUAGGACAUGCUUAAUAUAUAAAAUACUUGUAUCAAAACUCAUCUCCGUCCAAGCGUGACGCAUGUUCUCUCGUAUCUCAAUAGUCCCCGAUAACCGAUAACCGAUAGCCGAUAUCGAUCAUCGAUAAAUGAUCGUUCGCCCAGUCGUGCUCUUUCAUCAUCUAUCGAAAGGUAAGUUCAACGGGCCUUUCUCCUCUGCACCAUAUUCUUCUCAUUUCGAUUUCGAUUUCGAUUUCGAUUACGAUUACGAUUUCGUUGCCCCUGGCUCAAGCGAUGAUACCUGGCCUACAUAUAAACAUAAAUAAAUAUACAAUACUUGUAGUUGUUACUAAGUACAUGCACUACUCCAUUACACCCCAGAGAUUUGUAUAACUCUUUACACUUGGCAACCCUAUUAUUCCCCCAUAUAUAUUCGUUUCGUUUCUAGUAUUGUUCGGUUUCCGUUUUCGUUUGAGUUGAGUUUGUGUUACUUUCUGGUAUGUUGGUUUAUUUGACUCUAUCAUAUAUAUACUAACAUUAACAUAUAUAUCAAUAUAUAUACUAUAUAAAUAACCAAUUUCGGUUUGUGAAUGUGGACAAUAUUCUUAUAACCAGUAUUUGAUUGAAAGUUAAUGCGUUUUCCAGUUUCUAUCAAAAAACAAAACAAAACAAAAUACCAAAUUUAAUGCAAUCACCACACACAGAUUUGUAGUGCAAAAAAAAAACAAUAAAAAAAUGAAAAAUAUCAUUUUAGUUUAGUACUUUUUGUAGUUAAAAAAAAAAAAACAAAACCAUCUCUCUCUCUAUCUCUGAUCUAUUUCUCUUUCUAUCUCUUUCUCUACAACUCUUUAUCUAUUUAUCUUUAUCUGUAUACAUAUUUCUAUCUCUCUCUAUUAAUAUUUACUUUACAAAUUCUUUUUCUUUUCUAAUAUAUUUUCCACAAACAAAUAUAAAACAUAGAACUAGACACUUCUUCUUCCGUAGUAACCACACAACAAAACAAGCCACACUUUCCAUAAUUGGGAUAUGCACUCGUGACUCUGAGAUUGGGAUAUCACAUCAAAACAAGGGAUGUACAUACAUACAAUAUAGUUUCUUGAGUCAGCAUGAAAGGACCAUUCUAUAGACCACAAAAUGUAUAUAUAUUCAUGGGCUUGUCAGACAGUUUGAUCCGCUUCUUUAGUUUCAAGUGCAUAUCCAACCACUCAAAAAAACGAAAAAUAAAACAAAACAAAUACAAAAA